UUCUCUCCCGGUUCUGUCCCGGUCCCGGUCCCGGUUCCGGUGCCCCGCCCCACCGGUCCCGCCCCACCGGCCCCGCCCCACCGGCCCCGCCGUUAAAACGGCCCCGGGGCGGUUCCGGCCCAGCAGCCAUGGGCGGGCGGCGGCUCCCGGCGCUGGCCGCUGUCACCCUCCUGCUGGCGGCCACCGCGGCGACAAACGGUCCCCCGGAGGUGCCGCUGGUGGGGGAGGGGCAGAGCCCAGAGCCGCCCCGGCUGGAGGCGUCGGGAGAGAGUGAUCUCAGCACCCCCACACUGAUGGGCAGAGCUGUGACGUCACUCGGCACCCCGGGGUCCCCGCCGCCCCCCGACCCCCGGGACCCCCAAAUUGGGGGCGGCUCCAGCCCCGAGAGCGGCUCCGACAGCGACCCCCGCCCAGGACCCCUCCCCCAUGGCCGCUCCAGCGAGUCCGAGGAGGGUCUCUGACGCUCCCGAUGGAUUCUCCCGUGGGACCUUCCGGAACCUUCCCUGAGUGUCCCCAAAUGUCCCCAAAUGUCCCCUUGGUGUCCCCCAUUGUCCGGGGGGGCCCUGGGGGUGGCCGGACCCCCCCAAGUGUCCCCCCCGUGUCCCCUCCCCCACCCCAAAUAAAAACUGCAGAGUCA